AUUCCCCACAGCGGCGUCGGGACGCGGCCCGGAGCGGCGCGAGGCCCGGCGGAAAUGAGCUUAACCGCAGCGCUAAUCUGGCGGCGCCCGGGGGACACCGGGACGGCGCGGGGGCGGCGCCGACCGCGACGCGAGCGCUCGGCGGCGUUUGGGCCUCGCGGGCCACCGUCCUGCCCUCAUCCGAGAUGGAGGCGGCCGCCUCGCGCCCCGCCUGCGCCCGACUUCCGGUGUCCGCCUAGCGGGCGCUUCCGGUUGCUGUGGGCGGUUCCGUUCCGCCGCGUUUCGCUUUCGUUUGGCGGCGGCUCCGCCCCGCGCGGCCAUGGGGGACGUUCCGGGGCCGGGGCUCGGCUUCGCUCCCUUUGCGGUGCCGGGUUGGUUCUGCCCCGAGUCCGACGGGGAGGAGGCGGAGGAGGAAGAGCGCUUUAUCCCGACCUACGGCCGCCCCCCGUUCGCUUUCUAUGGGCCGUACGGCGAUCCGCUGCUCGUCCCUCCGCGCGGCUUUACGAACGCGGAUGCGGAGCCGCGCGGACUGAGCGCGGCGCGGAAGCACCGCGUUACGGCCGAGGAAGCAGAGAAGAACGCAAUGGAGCUGCUGGCAGAAGAGGAGAGAAUGAAGAAGAAAGCAGAGAGGAAGAAACUGAAGAAGAAGAAGCAAAAAGACCGGAGGAAACAAGAGAAGUUGGAACAGGAGCUGAGGAGCAGGCAGGCGGCCGCAUCGGUGAGCAGCUUUGCGCCUCCCUGGGGCGGGCAGCCCUGGGCACAGCACUGGGCAGCAGCCUUUUGGAGCUCAGGGGGCUCCUACAAACCCCCAGAUGCCAGGGGCCGGGCUGCCAGGAGCAGAGCCCAUCCUCUGCCCUCAUCUGCCUGCAGAGCACUGCAUCCCCGCCCAGUGCUGCGGGUGCCGCUCAUGGGGACGCCAGCAGUGCUGAGGAGGAGAGCGGCUGCCUGGCCUCCAGCCCCCCUCAGUGCCUCCAGGAUCGUGCAGAGGAGGGAGUGGGGGAUCUGGAAGGGAUAGAGGAUGAACUGGAUUUGAGUUGCACCUUUGUCAUCAAAGCGUGGCAGAAAGCGGGCGUGAAGCCGCCAGCACCUGCAAAGGAUAAAUCAGUCAGAGCUGAUGCUGCAGAGCCCAACAGGAGGCUGCAGGAGGGGGCACCCGAGCCCCCCCUGCCCCGCACGGCUGCCCCACAGGCACCCAAGCCCGAGGCUGCACUCUUGGACACAAACAUGUUGGAGCAGAGCCUGAUUCUUGCAGGCUGCGGCUACCAGGCUGCCGUGCAGGGCCGCUACACAGAGGCUGUGCAGGCCUUCACCGAGGCCAUAAAGCUGAACCCCAGGGAGCACCGGCUCUUUGGGAACCGGUCGUAUUGCUACGAGAAGCUCCGGCAAUACCAGGAGGCGCUGAGAGAUGCCCAGAUGGCCCUGGAGCUGCAGCCCAGCUGGCCUAAAGGCUUCUUCCGCAAGGGCAAGGCGCUGUGGGGGCUGAAGCUCUACGCCGAGGCCAGGGACACCUUUAAGCAGCUGCUGCUCCUCAAGGGCGCCCACGGUGACGUAGCCACCCGGCUGGAGGCCUGCCAGAUGCUGCUGCAGCAGAGCAGCCUCCGUGAUGCCGGCAGCCCCAGGGAAAUCCCCGCACUGGAAGCUGGGGAGCCGCUGACACCCAGCUCCGCAGAUGAGUGUGAGAACGGCGGCAGCAGCGAUGUGGACGCGAGCGGCUUCGUGACCGUGGUGAACUCGAGGAGCCACUCGAAAAGCCACAUGCGGAACACGGCCACGGCGAGCCCCAGGCACACGCUGCCUUCCCAGCACCCUGCCAGGGACUGCUAUCCUCUGUGGGUCGGAAACAUCACUUUCAAGGUCACCAAGAAAGCGCUGCAGAGCUGCUUCGGCCGGUUCGGGCAGAUCCAAUCCAUCCGGCUGCUCCCGGAGAAGCGCUGCGCCUUCAUCAACUUCCACCAGAAGGCAGCGGCGGAAGCGGCGUACGGAGCCAUGCUGGGCGCCGAGCUGGAGGGCUGCCGCCUGGCGCUGCAGCUCAAACACCCGUCCCACGCCACGCCGCCGCCCCGGCAGCGCCCGUAGGACCCUCCGUGGGGGAACCUUCCUCAUCUCGCAGGGUGCAGAGCGAGACGCCCGGUGGGCGCCGCCCCGCGCGCUGCCGGACCCACAAAGCAGCCGGCGGCGCUGCGGAGCUCGGGGCCGCACGCCGGGCUUUGGAGCCGCGCUCCUGCCGCAGCCUCGUGUGCCUUCUCCCCGCAGCGGCCGGCCUGCUCUCAUCCCGCCGCCCCGCCGCUCCUACCUCGUGCCCCCGGUGUGGCCGUGCCUCGUGGCUGCAGCCCGGCUGCGCUGCCCCGGUGCCACAGGCCGGUGCCGGGCGGCUCGGUACCCACAGGCGCAGCCCUUCCUGCAGGGAUGGGAACCUGCCGUGGGUUUCUUAAUAAAAGCGAGA